CUUUUGCCGCCACAAUAACCAAAUAGAAGCUUCGCGUCUUUUUUUUUGUGCUUCUCACUCCUCCAAAGUAUCAAUUAACAACUCAUGCCACCCGCCGAUCAGAGCCAUCCAUUUGCGACAUUUCCUGUGGCACCUGGUAAAGGUCUUCGACCCUACUACACACCUGGCCUGACCACCGACAAUUACACGGCAUUUGCGGGCCAAGUUGCCUCAGCAAACCCUUAUUAUGCUAACGAGCAUGACGACCUUAUCGAUUCCCGGGCAGCUGCCCGUGAGCUCGUCAAUUACACUGUACUCAAAUACCUCACAACAGCCAUGAGCUGCCCAUUCGAAGUUUCGAAAACGCUUCUACAAGUUCAAUAUUUACCCCAUGAAGAUGCCGAGAUUGUUGCUACGAGACAGUCGUCGUCGUCAGAUGAACACGAUCAAGAACAAGAAUACAAUGCCGAAGCAGAGGAGCAGCUUUCAGAAGAAGAAGGUGACGAUGAUGACGACUUUUAUGGCACGGGUAACGCCAGCACUACCAACGCGACGACGCUGAACCACGACGACCCAGAAUUCAAACAACACAUGGACGUCGAUGCAAACGGAUACGUCAUUCGUAAAAGCGUGUAUGACGACGCGACGCGACCACCGUAUCAACUUAAACCACUCGAUGGGGGUGUGUGGCAAGGCAUGGGUCGACUCAUGAAGCAGCCGCAUGAAGGCUGGCGCGCCUUAUUCAAGGGCCAGUACACCAACUGGCUCUAUGAAAUUGCACACUUGUUCUUCCAACCUACGCUCGAGGGCACUUUAAACGAUUUAUUCGACUUGUAUGACGAUACCAUUCCACUCGUACACCUUGACCGUGUCGGUCCCAACCUUGCUACACUCGUCGGCAGUAACCUAAUUGUUGGCUUCCUAUUGAGCCCGCUCGAGUUGAUCCGUACGCGGUUAGUGGUGCAGUCUGCAUCCCCUCUGCACCGCAAAUACAAAGGACCACUGCACGCACUCAAGACCAUUCUCGCCGAGGAAGGAGGUCUCCGCGGCCUGUAUCUUUCACCGCACCAUUUGUGGCCUACACUGUUGUAUCAUACCAUCACGCCACUUGUUCAAAACACAACGCCGCUGAUCAUUGAUCGGCUGUUCAGGAUUUCUGCAAACGACUCUCCAUUUCUAUACAGUUUGGCCGAGCUAGGACUGAAUACGUUGGAAAUUGCCAUCACAUUGCCCCUGGAUACCAUUCGCAAGCGCAUGCAGUGCCAGAUCCGCUCCCGAGUUCCUGGGAAGAAGCGCUUUGCGCCUAUCGUCGCACUUCGACCGGUGCCGUAUACGGGCGUCGUAGACGCAUGUUAUCGAAUUGUCAAGGAAGAGGGAGGACGAAGGAAUAAGGGAAAAAAGCGUAGUAUGAUAACGGGCAUGGGAUUGCGUGGACUCUACCAGGGAUUCAGUAUGCAAUGUACAUCCAACGUUGUCCUGUUUGUGCUGCAUGCUAUCAAUGGCGUUGAAGAUGACUACGAAGACUUUUAGGACGUAAAGCAAUAAAUAUAAUCUUUAAUAAUAAGAAGCAUGGUGUAUUCGGUAAUGUCUACUGACUAAUAAGGGAGAAUUAUACAUUGCGAGAGAUAGGAGAUAAUGAGGUGGA